CGAGUCCUUAAAAGUAGGGCAUUAGGCGGAUGAUGAAAAGCAGGCAGAGCACCAAUGGAGUGGGCACGUCACUACGGAAGAAUAUACGUUUUAAACGUGCUGUUGAAUUUAAUAUUUUAUUCCUUAUGCCUCGUCUACUCGGCUGUAAUUUUAUUUACAAUAGUUUUCCAUUAUUUAAGAAAACCCUCAAAAUAUUCCUGGACUGUGAAAAACCGUGCCAGACCACAGGCCCUUGAGAAUCCUCACUUUGGAACACACAAGUUCAUUCAACUUCAGAAUGUGAAGUUGCACUACGUGGAAGCAGGGGUGAAGGAAAAACCCUUGAUGAUUUUUAUACAUGGCUUUCCGGAUUUUUGGUAUUCUUGGCGUCAUCAGAUCAAACAAUUUGCUCAGGAUUACUGGAUUAUAGCGUUAGACACAAGAGGAUACGGAGAUUCAGAAAAGCCUAAAGGAAUUCAGUUUUACAAGUUAAACUAUCUUAUUGACGAUUUGAAAAACCUGAUCGACGGGCUAGAACGAAAAAAAUGCAUUUUAGUCGGACACGAUUGGGGAGGAGUUAUUUUAUGGCUUUUCACUAUGAGAUAUCCGUCCAUGGUGGAAAAAUACAUCGUGCUCAAUACGCCUCAUCCGAAAGCGUACAGGGAGCUUGUUUGCUCCAGUUUUAAACAGUUUAAAUCAUCUUGGUAUAUCUUUUUUUAUCAGAUGCCUUUCUUUCCUGAAUUUUGUCUGAGGAUGAACGACAUGGAGUGUUUCCGCUAUAUUUUCACGAACGACACAAAGAAGAAUUAUAUUCUAAAUGAAGGGGAAACUGAAGCUUAUAAAUUCAUUUUUGGUAAACCAGGUGCAUUCACGUUUCCUGUCAAUUACUAUAGGGCAAACUUCAGUAUUACGCUGCCGCCUCAAGAAAUCGCCAAAAGCUUGCCUGACGAUUUUCCCAAAGGUUUGCUUAUUUUUGGAGAAAACGACAAGUUACUCGCGGCACGAAGGCUUGUUGAAAAGUCAAAAGAAUUCGUACCAAAUUUAGAAACCCUACUGAUCUCUGACGCUUGCCAUUUUGUGCAUCAGGAAGAACCUGACAAAAUAAACACAGCGAUGCGACAUUUCUUCCAAGCUGAAUAACUUGAAAUUGAUAAAAGAAGUGACAUUAAAAUUAAAUAUUUUAUUGUUUAUAUCCAUCAACGUGCUGUUACAAGUGAAUUAUUAUACUUAUACCGCAAAAGAAAAAAUAAUAAAUUCUUUUAUCCAGUA